CGCUUAUUUCUCAAUGCCGUUCUUGCCUGGCUUGGGGCCGCUUUCGAGCCCAGGUCAAUCAGAUUCACUUCCCAGCCCUCCUCUGUCUCUAAUCCGCGUUUCUUCUACCGGAACCAUGGUCGUUCAUCGAGCUAGACGGGAUUCGCUCCCCUGCCUACGGUCAUUCCAUCAAGCCAUGAUGGAAGGCAUGGAAUCCCGAUCACGCAAGCCUUGGCCCCCGUUCACCCGCAAUGGUAGUGAUCGGACACUCUGGUUAGAGGGUAUAUCUGAUACUGAUACUGUGGCUGCCGGAGAGAGCGCCCCUCUCUGGCAUGGGGCUCUCUGCCACUCAUUCCUCGAUGGCCAUCUUUCAGGUAUCGACUACUCUGUUCCAUGCCUACGCGGUGGCUCAGACGCGCGGAGGCAGAACGACUCGAUCGGUAGCUUCACUGGCAAUAUUCUGCCAGAUGACAUUUCUUCGGCGUCGGUCUGGGUUUUUCAAGAGGCUGAACGAAGCUUUUGCGAAAAGGUGCAACUCGCUCAGUGCGAAAUCGAACGGAUGAAGUCCCUCAGCACUUUCCUACAGUCUGGGAACCGAGAAUAUUCCUAUUCCCUUUUGCGGCCGCUUACGGGGCUACACAAAUCAGCUAGCUCCAAAUCGCUCAUUAUCCCGAGUAAACACAAGUUAGAGGCUGUCGACUCUCGUUCCUUGGGACAUCCUAUCGAAUCUUUGGCCAAAGAUCAUCCAGUCUGGCAGUUCCGGCGGCGCAGGGCUGAACUUCGAAGGCUCAGGAAUACAGUGCCGCAACUUAUUCGCGUCCACGGCCUUCUACUUGGCAGCCUCGCCGAAGUCCACGCGCGGGUCGAGUUGGCUCAGGUGGAAUGCUUUCUGCGCGGGCUUAGCAGCUUUCGCAUGGACAAGCAGGGUGGAGCUAAGACUGAAGAAGACAAGGAAUUUGGAUCUACUCUUUUGGACACUCUCGUAAACCGCGCCGAGCAGGCCAUGCAGAAACUCGACCAGCUUGCGGAGCAGAUGCCAAAGUCGCCUUACGAGAAGGAACUAUCUGAAUCUUGGGCCAUCGUCCUACAGACGGAACUCUACCGGACGUCGAAUUCUUCGCCAACGCUUACUCCCCAAAGUAAUGCUCACCUUCACGACUAUACCGAGGUGCUCUCUAGGCUCCAUGCAUUGAGCUUGUCACGAGUAGGAGAGUGUUGAGUAUUGGGCCGGGUCCAGAGCUAUGGAAUGCCCUGGAGUGACCAGCGCGUCAAGUGCCACCAUUAUCGAUGUGAUCGUCAAGCGGAUGGGCUCUACUCUACAAUGUUACACAAGCCAUGGAGGAGCAGUGUGCUUCGAUUACAGAAGGGGAGAGGACUGUGUUGUUCUGUGUUUUCAUUAUCGGUAGUGUUGUCCACUUCGCUAAGGAGAGGAAACAAAAGAACCCCGCAAUAGCCAGUGGGAUUUGCAAGAUUUGGCAGGGCGAGCAAUUGCAGUGAUGUCCAU